GACACAAAUCGUAGGAAAAUGGCGAAGAGGUGGCUUCCCUUUUCGCUCCUGUUUCUAGUUCUCUCCCUGUACUGUGCUGCGUCGGCUGAUGACAGCGGCAUUAAGAAAAUGAAGAUACAAUUUGCAACUGGGCCACUUCUUAAAUUCCAAAUCUGCAUCUCCUGAGGGUACAAGCGGGUGUUUGAGGAGUACAUGCAGGCCUUGUACCAGCGUUACCCAGACAUCCGCAUUGAGGGGGAGAACUACCUUCCUCUACCCCUCUACCGACACGUUGCUUCCUUCCUGUCCAUGUUCAAGCUGGCACUGAUUGGACUGAUCAUCAUCGGCAAGGACCCCUUCGCCCUCUGCGGUAUGCAAGCCCCAGGCAUCUGGGUCUGGAGUCAGGAGAAUAAGAUUUAUGCCUGCAUGAUGGUAUUCUUUUUCAGCAACAUGAUUGAAAACCAGUGUAUGUCAACAGGAGCUUUUGAAAUCACAUUAAACGAUGUGCCAGUGUGGUCCAAGCUGGAGUCGGGUCACCUACCCUCCAUGCAGCAGCUGGUCCAGAUCCUGGAGAACGAGAUGAAGAUGAACGUACACAUGGACACACUCCCCCACCACCGCUCCUAACCCUUCCUCUACUCCCCCCUCGGAUGGAGCCAAAGACCCCUCCACGUUUGAGGUGGGUUUCUCAAUGGACUGUGAGGUGAUGUUUAUGAAGGUCUGCGCUGAAGGCAGGAAGACUGCUAGCUCAGACUGGAUGUCCCCAUUGCUUCUCACCAUGCCCCUUAGAGAUGCCUCUCCUCUAAUGCUGGACUGGGAUCCACGGCAACCGUGGUGGCCAUUUUGUCGUACUAUUACAACUGCAGAUCAUUCAUCCUGGUGAAAUAAACAUUCAGCUUUGGC